AUGUCCCCUGCGAACAGCACUAAACCCCUCCGCAUCGCCGUGAUCCCCGGCGAUGGCAUCGGCACAGAAGUCAUGCCGUACGGCAUCCGCAGCGUCCAAGCCGCCGCGUCUCUUUUCAACAUCCCCAUCGAGUUCACAUCCUUCGACUUCGCCAGCUGUGCCUACUACGCCAAACAUGGCGACAUGCUGCCCCCAGACUGGAAGGAGACCCUCGAAGCCUAUGACGCAAUCUACUUCGGCGCCGUGGGGCUGCCCGACCAGGUGCCGGACGACGUUUCACUGUGGGGAAGCCUGCUGAAGUUCCGCCGCGAGUUCGACCAGUACAUCAACCUUCGGCCGUGCCGGCUCAUGCCGGGCGUGAAGUGCCCCCUGGCCGGGCGCAAGACGGGCGACAUCGAUUUCUGGAUCGUCAGGGAGAACACCGAGGGCGAGUACAGCAGCAUCGGCGGGAAGAUGUUCGAGGGCACCGAUCGGGAGACUGUCAUCCAGGAGACGGUCAUGACCCGCGUCGGCGUCGACCGCGUGCUCAAGUAUGCGUUCGACCUCGCACAGAGCCGGCCGCGGAGGAAGCUCACCAGUGCCACCAAGAGCAAUGGGAUAUCAAUUACCAUGCCGUACUGGGACAGCAGGGUGAAGGAGAUGGCUACGAAGUAUCCUGAGGUGGAUGUCGACAAGUAUCAUAUCGACAUCCUGACUGCUCACUUUGUGCAGCGGCCCCAGAUCUUCGAUGUCGUGGUCGGCAGCAAUUUGUUCGGGGAUAUUCUAUCGGACCUUGGCCCGGCAUGUACUGGGACUAUUGGCAUCGCACCCUCGGGCAAUAUCAACCCGGACAAGAAAUUCCCCAGCUUGUUUGAGCCUGUCCACGGAAGUGCGCCGGACAUUGCUGGUAAGGGAGUUGCGAACCCGGUCGGUAUGAUCUGGGCGGGCUCUAUGAUGCUGCAGCACUUGGGUCAUCAAAAUGCCGCGGACGUGAUACUCAGGGCUAUCGAAGCUGUACUUGCACGGUCGGAAGCGGAUGUCAUGACGGCUGAUAUGGGAGGCAAGGGAACAACGAAGAGUCUUGGCGAGGCCGUGGAACAGGAGAUCCUGGCCAACAAAACUCAGUGA